UCAUGUGAAGGCCGUUUCUUCUUUCACAAAAUGGGAUGCUGUUUCAGCAAUGAUGAUGAGAAAGAUUUAGGAGUUUCUAGCCCUAACGAACGCACACCCCUUCUUGAUCCAGCAAGGACAGACCAUAUACAGCCAGUACCAGGGCAUACACAUGGAUCACCCUAUGAACAGCCAGGAAAGAAAGGCGACGACCAGUCAGCUUUAAAUAGAAGUUUACAUCAGAUGGCCAGAGAUGUUGUGGACGUGACGUCAGAUUCCCAGCCGCUAGAACAACCAGAAUACCACGACAGAGCGAGACAGUACAGUAACCGUCUGAACAUGGUUUUGUCUGGUUCUGGAAGGUCUCGGAUCCACCGACCAAGUCUGCCCAAUGGAACAACAGUCCCACACCAAGUGCUGUCAGCUCCGCCGGUUUCUUUAACAGAUGUCCAACUGAUAACUAGUGUAACGGAGAAAGUUGCGAAAGCAAUGAAGGACGUGAAGGUGCAGCACAGAGAAGACUUGGUGGUGCCCUUCGGAGUUCCAUGAAACGUGUGAUGUGUUGUACAGUGAACUGUCUUUAUUCUUCAUGAACACACACACUAUUCAUAGGCGUCGGAAGACAACAGUGACUGCUGGGAAGGUGUGGGGGAGUUCAGCUAUCUAGUAAUGUGAUUUUUGACUGGGGCCGGACAGUGCACUAUUUUCAGAGGUGGGGCAGGCAGUAUUCCCGCCGCCCCUUUUCUUCCGACGCCUAUGCUAUUUGGACAUCAGAAUUCAACAGUUUUAGAACUCGCUCCUUGCACCUCCAUGGCUUAAUGCUCACAUGCUGUCACUGUUACCAGCAGGUUGUGAACAAGGCCUGAUCAUAAUCGGUUCUUACACAAAAAAGUAAUGGAAAUCAGAACAGUGGAGAGUCACGAUUACUCUUCAUGUUAUAUGGAUCAUUAUGAAAUGGCGAAAUUAAUCACCAACCCACAAUUUUGAGGUGGUAGAAAUUACAAUAAUUUUUAAUCAGGAGAAUGACCAAAUCUGGAAUGAAUAUUUUCUUCUACAGUAUCUUAUGUGGAAUGCCUCAUUUAUCAGAUACAGAACACCUUUUUUUACUCUCUCAACCCUUUCAACAUAAACACACCAAUAUAUUGGUGUCGGUGAACCACUGUGUAUAUAUGGAGUAUUUUAUGUAUACAUGUAGUCUUUGAUGUGGACUUAUAAAUAGUAUAUAUUGAACAUUUUAUGAAUAAAUUGACCAUGCUAUAGAUUCCCCAUUAAAUCGACUGAUUUUUCCACAAUAAAAUAUGACUGAUAUAAAAAAUAAAAUAUGACUGACUUACAAUCAUAGCUAUGUGA